UCAUCUCAGUUUUCAUUAAUCACCCACUCACUGAUCACUGGCCGCAACCUGCUUUAAUUGCCACUCAAGCGAAAUUAAAAAAAUACACCAAUAAUCAACGACACAAUGGAAAUUACUCAAUUUGUUGUACUUUUAUGUUUUACAAGCGUGUUUGCUGAUUCAUUAAUCGCAUCGAAUGAUGAAUGCAAUAGCGAUAAUUAUCCCUUCACUAAAAUUGGCAACAAGUAUUACUUAGUAAAUACAGGCAUGAAGAUGAAUUGGUUUGAAGCGGCACAUGUUUGUCGCACGUAUGACAGUGAUCUAGCUACAAUCGAAUCUGAGGCGGAAAUGAAUGCCUUAGCAUUCCAUUUAACUACAAAUGGUCAGUUGGGCAAGUAUUUCUGGACAAGCGGCAGCGAUUUGGCAGUGGAGGGUAAAUUUAUGUCGCUCAGCAAUGGACGCCCCAUGACCUACACGAAAAGGUCGGGUGGACAACCGGAUAAUGCGGGCAAUAAUGAGCAUUGCGUACAUCUCUGGAGUGUUAACAAUUUACUCCAUAUGAACGAUUAUCCAUGCACUGGAGAGGGUUAUCCCAUUUGUGAGCGGCGAAAACCGUCAAAGUGUUGUGAUGUUGAGAAUU